GCUGAGUGAAUCUCUUCCCAAUCCAACGCCCCCCAUCGUAAAGAUCACGUCCAGUUUAACGCUCAUCUGCAAGUUAGAGCUUCACACGUAUUUAUUCAAAUAAUAAUAAUGAUGGUUGAAAGUUGAAGCGAAACUCCGUGAAAAAGCAAAUUCCAUUUCUGUGGGAUCAAAGAGACAUACAAUCUGGAGUCCAAUUGCUUGGUUUAGUAACAAAUGGAGGAAGAGAAACGGCUAUUGAGGGAUGAAGGUCAAGAUGGAAGUGAAGCAGAAGCAAAACAAUCUGUAGUCCCGCCUCAAAAAGAUGGCGGUGGAGGAGGCUGGGGAGGCUGGGGUUUUUCCCCAUUUUCUGUUUUCUCAGAUCUCCAGAAAGCCGCUGAAGAGAUUUCUCGCAAUGCUGCUGUUGCUGCCCAGACGGCGGCCAAGAGUCUUGCGGAAAUGCAAGAUGCUGGUGAGGAGUCAGAGUUUUUUAAGGAGGAGGAAGGGACAGAAGAUUCUGCAGCUAAAGGAGAGAGUAAAGAAUCUGAAGAUGAGAGUGCUGCAAUUCGGAAGUCUGCCCUGGAUAAACUAGAGAAAGCUAGUGAAGAUUCAAUCUUUAGUCAGAGUUUGAAGGUUAUUGAUAGUUCCAUGGAGAAUUUGGCUUCGGGAGCAUGGCAGGCAUUUGGUAGUGCAUUGAAAGGGGGCACAACUUUGGUCAAUAAGCUUGAGCAUUCUGCUGCAAACCUUGCAGAAUCUAUUCAACAGGGUGGUCAUGUAGCCCCAUCCAUAUUAGAGACUGGAAAAGCUUUUACCUCAAAGGGAAUUCAAGUUCUUGAGCUUGUAGGCAAGGAAACUAUGGAUUUACUCAUCUCAGAGGCAGGUAUAGAUGUUGAAAAGAAUUCUAAAGGUGCUGAACAAAAAGCUGAUGACAAUCAAUUAUUUGAGGAAGUGACAUUUGACCGAUGUUUCUACAUAUAUGGAGGUCCAGAACAGUUAGAGGAACUGGGGGCAUUGUCUAGCCACUAUGCAUUGUUAUUUAAUCGAAGAAAAGGGAAAUUAUCAUCCGAACAGAAAGCUGUUUAUGAUGGAAAGCUUAAAGAGGUUCAGCAGAUUUUCAGUUUAGGUACUGAAAUAGAUGGAAGUUUUGCUGAGUCGGACAAAGGCAAGAAAAAAGAGACUGGGGCUGAUGGAAGUAGUGAUGAGAUUAAAGACUUACAUGAUUCAAGUGUGAGUAAGGCUGCUGAUAUGGCUGCAGGGUUCACUAGUGCUUUAUCAGGACAAGCUGUUACUGAUAUAAUACAAAGGACUACUGGCAGAGUGGAGUCUCUUCAUUCUGAGGGUGUUCAUAGACUCUCUGAAAUGUGCUGCUCUGCUGUUUCACAACUGCUGAUGCUUGGUAAAUCCAUCAUAUCUGGUGCUAACAAAGUUCAGGAGGACGAGGAUGAUGCUGAGGGCAUGCAUAAUAUUGAUUGGCCUGAAGAUUCUGUUGAAAAAGCUAAAUUAAUCAGAUCAAAAGCACAAUCAAUGACAGGGUAUCUGGAAGCAGUUUCCAAUAGCUUUAUCACAGGAAUAUCUGAUGUUGCUGAUGCAUAUGUUGAGGCCAUGAAAGGUGCUUCUGCAGAAUCUCAUGAAGCUCUUCCGCCCACUUCACUCCAAGAAAAAGCCAAUGCCUUUGCUGAACAUAUCCUUACUGACCGAGCAACAGCUGUGGGAAAAAUCCAGGACGGCCUCCAAUAUUUGACCUAUGUCGUUGUUGCCACCUCCAUGCCUGUUGCUUAAAAUCUAGGAUACUACACUGAACUCCUUUAUUGACUUAAAAUCGAACUAGCUUUGUGUAAAUAGCUGCCAUAUCACAGUGGGUUUGGACUGUGCUCUCAUUCGAAGCAUUGUUUUUUACGGCUGAGAUUGAACUCGUUCAAAAGCAUCACGAUAACUUUUUUUACUAGAUUCAGCUUUAGGAUUGUUGGGAAAAAGACAUGUAUUUGCCCUCAUAUGAGAGGUUUGCGGAUCCUGAUCCCAAUCUCGUUGUAGGUCAGAAGGAAUUGAAACAAUUAAAAAAAAAGAAAAAAAAGUUCUGAGGUCCAUUUUAUUUUUAA